AUGGAUGAUCUCGCCCAUCGCGACGUUUGGGCAGCGCGUAGUUGUCUGCUUCGUGGUGGGUACGAGAAGCACUUCAACUACCACAAGCUGAUGAAAGCUGCCAACUAUCUCCAGUGCAGACACUGCCUAUUCUUGGCUACAAAUGAGGAUGAGACAUGUCCAGGACCAAAUCCAGAUGUAGUAACUCCCGAUGCAGGUCCACUGGUAGCAGCUGUACGUUGUGCUUCUGGGAGAGAGCCAAUCACUGUCGGAAAGCCGAACACCCCAGCUUUUGACUAUAUAAGAAGACGAUGGAAUAUAAAUCCCGAACGGACGAUGAUGAUUGGCGACAGGACCAACACCGACGUCAAGUUUGGCCGAGAUCACGGACUGAAGACGCUGCUGGUGCUGUCCGGGUGCCACCAACUUGAAGACAUCAUGGAAAACUAUAACAGUGACCAACUCGAUAUGGUCCCUGACUACUACAUCACCUGUUUGGGAGCUUUACUAUCACGUCGAGAUCAUGCGUGA